AUGAAUCUACCCCAGCGUAGAUCAUUUCAAACUUCUGGAUUGCCUAGGAACCUGCUUGCCCACAUGGAAGAAGCUGCCAAUAAGAACCCGACCAGUCCUACUGCCCAGAAUGCAUUCUAUCAGGCCUUAUUGAAAGCUAAUAUGCCCGCUAUUAUCGUUGAGAGAUACCAGUCUGGACGCUUCGCAACGAAUGCUGCAGCAACCGAGGCUUAUCAUAAGGCGUUGAACAUGCUAACUCCGAACGUUGGUCAAGGAAUUCCAGAUGAGGAUGUGAAUCAAACUGUUAAGAACUUACCGGGAAAUCUGACUCCUACCCAAGUCCAAGCUGUCUCUCAGGCUCUUGCUGCUCGAUCUCGCGGUGGUAACUUGGCUGUCUCCAAGGGUGGCCAAGCUACUAGUGGUAAAGACGGUCCUAUUCAUGUUGUCGUCGACGAGACUCUCGGUGGCAGUGUCUUUCGCUGGGUUAAAUUCCUCCUGUGGUUUUGUCUCUUCACCUACCUUAGUCUAGUCGUUGUAACCAUGCUUAUCGAUGUAUUGAGCAUUCUGAAACGACCUUCAGGCCGAGUCGAUAGCGAAGUCAAGGCGGAAGUCCAGAAAACUCGAUUCUCAGACGUCCACGGUGCUGACGAAGCCAAGGAAGAACUGCAAGAGAUGGUCGAAUUUCUGCGCAACCCCGAAAAGUUUUCCCAGCUAGGUGGUAAGCUUCCCAAAGGUAUUCUGCUGGUUGGCCCUCCUGGUACCGGAAAGACUCUUCUUGCAAGGGCAGUUGCUGGCGAGGCUGGUGUCCCGUUCUUCUACAUGUCAGGUAGUGAAUUCGACGAAGUUUACGUUGGCGUAGGCGCGAAGAGGGUUCGAGACCUUUUCGCGGCUGCUAAGUCUAAAUCGCCUGCUAUCGUCUUCAUCGACGAACUCGAUGCCAUAGGAGGUCGCCGCAAUGCGCGCGACGCGGCAUAUGUGAAGCAGACCCUGAACCAGCUCCUUACUGAACUCGACGGAUUCGAUCAGAGCACCGGCGUUAUCAUCAUCGGAGCCACCAACUUCCCUGAAUCACUCGACAAGGCUCUUACUCGACCAGGUCGUUUUGAUCGCCACGUUGUUGUUGACCUACCCGAUGUUCGCGGUCGUCUUGCCAUCCUUCAGCACCACGCCAAGAAGAUCAAGGCUGCUGCGGACGUUGAUCUCCAGGCUAUUGCCCAAGGUACUUCUGGACUCUCUGGCGCCGAACUCGAAAACAUUGUCAAUCAAGCUGCUGUUCACGCGAGCAAGGUCAAAGCCCCUUGGGUCCGCAAGGAAGAUUUCGAUUGGGCGAAGGAUAGAGUUAUUAUGGGUGCCGAGCGAAGGACUAUGGUUAUCAGUGCCGAAGAGAAGGAAAUGACAGCUUAUCACGAGGCCGGCCACGCGCUUGUCAACCUACUGACCAAGGGUUCCGCUACGAGCUUGUACAAGGUCACCGUUCUCCCUCGUGCUCGAACGCUCGGACACACAGCCUUUCUUCCGGAGAUGGAUAAGUAUUCCUACACUAUUAGCAAUUACCUAGCCCGGAUUGAUAUUGCCCUGGGAGGCAAACUUGCUGAAGAGAUUGUUUACGGAGUUAACCAGGUUACCAGUGGCGCAUCAUCGGAUCUUCAAGCAGCAACAGCUGUCGCUUUCGACAUGGUCGCAAGCUUGGGCAUGUCUUCUAAGCUCGGAAACAUGGAGUACGGAAGCCGAUACGAAACUCUGAGCAGCGAAACCAGAGCCCAAGUUGAGUCUGAAGUUCAGCGUACACUGAAUGAAGCCUACGAGCGAGCUCGGAAACUCCUAAUAACCCAUCGCAAGGAACUUGACCUACUGGCUAAGGCGUUAGUCGAGUACGAAACGCUAAGCAAAGAGGAGGUUGAGAAAGUCAUCCGUGGUGAGCGGUUGACCAACCGCAUUGCUGUUCCAAAGGGUCCCAUGGCUAUCCCGUCAUCUGCUUUGCCUCCAGCGCCGGGCGAACUGGGCCCCCCUGCUCCGGGAAGGGGUGACAGCGGACCACCUCCGCCGCCGGUUCCGCCGGCGCCGAACGGACUCGCCCCGAAAAGUCUUCCUGCCGGUGGUCCGAACGAGAAACAGGAUAGCUAA